AUGGGGGGAGGCGAUUUGGUAACGAUUUUUAUUUAGAAUACAAUCGAAAUGUUCGGUUUUCUUUUACUUAAGGGUGCUUUUGGGGACCUGGAUCGUUAACUGAUCGUUUUGAUUAUUUUAAACAGAAUUUAAAGAAAAGUUGGCAUCCCCAGACGCUACGAAAUGUGGAGAGGGUAUGGAAGGCAGAGCAAAAAGCCGAGGCAGAAUCCAAGAAAAUCGAGCAAUUACGGAAGGAGCUGGAAGAAGAGAGAGCUCGAGAAGAAAUGCAGAGGCAUGCAGUACAACAGGGAGUAGCUAAGUGAGUUCAUAAGCUGAAUACGUAGAUAUUUGUAGGCCUUAAAUGAAUGCUUUGUUUAUUUGCUGUCAAAAAGCUGAAUAGAAACUCUCUCAACUGGCACCCUUGCCUGGUUCUCAGUUGCGAUAUUCAGAGUCGGGUAUGGUGUGCAAAGCAAAGGAUUGCCUCGGAACUAACAGAAGGUAUCCGCUCAAAGGCACCAGGUAUUCACUUUAGUGUCUGAGUUUUGAGCACUGAGUACUGUGCCAUAAUUCUGGCUAGAGUACUAGAAAAAACAGUGUGUCAGCCCUACAUUAGUGCCCAGCGAGUGCCACAUUCAGGGACCAAUCCAAGGCACAAAGUGUGAAUGCUGCCUUAGGCCAUGUCCACACUUGGUGCUUGGACACUGUAUCCUAAUACAUGACCUGCUGGGUACUAAUGUGUUGGAACUUUCUUUGGAGUACCCACAUCUAAAUUUGAGCACAAUACCAGUGUCCAAGUACAAGGUGGAGACCUUGUAUCCAGGUACUGUUGUGAGCACUUUAUCUGUUAUUUCUGAGGCAGUGUCCAGGAACUACAAUCAGUGACAAAAUGAGUUGAGACACCUUGUCCAAAACUUGGCUUUUUUUACGUUUUACUGACUUCAAAAGAAGGAAAUAUAGCUUUUCCUCCCCCAUCCCCUCCAUGCAAUGUUGUGCCGAUGUUCGAGCUACCUAUAGAAAACAACAAUCACCCCAACUUAGAAUGGAGGGGUCAGGGGAGGGGUGCGGAUUCUUUUGUUCUUCGAAGUUACCCUAUUUGAGUACAAUGUCUCAACAAUUUUGUCGCCGGUUGUAGAACUUGGGCACCAUCUUAGCUGAUUAUUAAUGCUGACUUGUCUUUGUACAAUGUUCAUUGUAAAGGAAAAAAGGUGAACGACUUGAUUGGAUGUAUGCCGCUGCUGCUGCUGGAGGACAGGUUGAUCAUGAGUUGUAUUUGCUUGGUAAACCUGUGGAUAAAGCUGUGGAUCCCAUGGCACAGGACAAUGAAGAGGUGAGUCUUUCUCCAUGUUUUAAGCACCCUACCAAGUAAAAUUAUGUAAGGAUCAGAGCAAGUCAUAUUUAUUAAAGAGUUGUACACCUUACAGGAAUGUCUGGGUAAAAAUGCAGUGUGUUUUUUGGAGAAGUGACUGAAAGUUGUAAAUUGAGUAUUCAUGUCUUAUAUAAAACACACAUAAAAGUUGUAAGAUGCACUGACUGCUGUUAGAACUCGUGUAUAAAUUGUCCCCAGAAGUUGUGCGAAUCUCUCAGCAGCAAUGUGAAAUUUCCAUGUUGCCAUUGUAAUUUAAUAAAUUACAAUAUUUUUGUAAUGGAGCACUUAGGAAUUCUUAAGAACUCAUUAACCCUUUACGUCUUAAGAGUGACUAACAUUAAUUUUCUCCUACAAAUAUCAAUACAUACUCAAGAGAAGAGGUUACGAGAAUGAAUAAAAUGAUCACUGAAGAAAACGUGCUUUGAUCUUUUAAUAAAUUCUCUCAACUUAUUCUAUGGGAAAUGUAUGGAGGUCAGUCUGGACAAUUUGCAUGUGGAUAUUUGGGGCUUAAAGCGAGGCUGUGCUCUAAGGGAAACUGAAGGGAGCCCAGUGCUCUUCAUCUGUCAAAUCUAGGGUGCUCAGCAUAUGAUUUGCAUGAAAAAAGUAAGAUUUUCUAGUCGCCCAAGAGCAAAAGUUAGGCACCAGGGGCCACUAGGCUCUGCUAGAGCACAGCCUUGGCUUAAAGGAUUAAAACGUGUCCAUGUGUUCCAGAUUUAAUUGGAAUUUGGAAGUGUUGGGUUUUAAGGAAAGGGGAAAACUGAAGUGAGAACCAACAACAAACUCAACCUAGGGCGCGUCAAACCCGGGCCACAUAGCUGGGAGGUGAGUGCUCUCACCACUGCACUACCUUUGCUCGGAGAUUUGUCUUUAAAGAGCCAUUUUAGAACCAAGACAAUGCGCAAUGAGAUUUAAACAUUGAAUGAGAAUGGGGUGAAACAUUAUCCUGUAUUUUACUGAACUAUGAUAUAUCAAUGUUGCACUUCUGUGUUAUAGGUCCAAAUUAAGUUAAAUUCAGGUUCAUCUUUUUUUACCAAGGCUAAUAAUCAAUAAUUUUCUUUGGUUAAGGUGUAAGCAAACAGUGACAUUUUUUUUUUUUUUUUGUAAGGACUCAACUGCUCCAGGGGCAUCGUUCAUGAAUGACUCAGGUGCUAACACACCAAAUGACUUGGCAUCCAAAGUGCGGGAUGAUCCUCUGUUUCUGAUCAAGAAAAAGGAAGAGGAAAAAAGAAAAGAACUGCUGAAUAAUCCUGUAAAAAUGAAACAGUUAAAACUGAUGCUUAAAGCCAAUCUGGAGAAGUCAAGCAAAAAGAAGAAAGACAAGAAAAAGAAGAGUAAGAGAGAGAAAGAGGGAAAGAAGAAGAGGAAAGAUAAACAUGGUGAAGAAAGUGAUGAGUCGGAGGAUGAAGAGAGAGACCACGGGAAGGAAAGAAGAAAGAAAUACAGAGAAAGAAGUGAUGAAUCAGACAAUGACACUCGCAAAGUGAAAAGAGACAGGAAGGAAGUGCAAAGAGAGAGACGCUCAGAGAGAAGCAGUGAAUCCGAUAAUGAUACCAGGAAGAGAAUGAGGGAAAGUGGGAGGAGGGAGCUUGUGAGAGAAGGCAAGGAGAUGUUGAAUGGGAUUCAUAGAAAUCGUCGCCGGUAGGUAACUGUAAUGUGUUGUAUAUGUUGUGGUUCAAUUUUUUCUUGGUUUAAAUUUUAUUCCCCUAUUGUAUGAGUUUGCUUAUGAGACACUAAAUUUUACACGAAAUGACAUGUGCACAACUUCGAACAAAAACUGGAACUUCAAUAUCUCAAAAAAUUUACUAUGUAAAGUUGGGAUUUCAAAUUCUUUAUGCAGUAGAACAGGUUAGUUCACUAUUUUCAAAAGACAAACUUAAAGCAAGGGGCACACAUAUACCAAUCCAUGAUCCGCCUUCCCCGCGCAUGUCAUGGGAGAACUGCUGUGCGGUUUCCAGCCAACAGCUCCCACAUGUGUUGUGUGGAAUUGGUGCUUAAAGGAGUGCUUUGCACUCGCCUCGGCAGUAAAGGGUCUUUCAGACAUGGGUUUUUCCCAUUCAUUGACCUGAUGGCUUUGCCUUUCUGGUGAGCUCAAUAAGGGCGAAACAGCUGUCCAUGGCUGCCACCGCCUGCGUGAUAUGGCUGCGUGUAUGCGUGAGGUUCUGGCCAGCUGUCAUGUGGGUUGGUGUAUGUCUGCUCCUUGCUUUAAGUUUUGCACUAUUUUCAAGGUAAUUUUUGCUUAUGCAAAUGAAUUUAUUGCGUGUAAGUUCAAUCUAUUUUUCAUAAAUUACUGUAGUUCAUGACAUUUUUAAACAAAUUGAACAGCGUGCACGAUAGCUAUAACUAGUAAUAAUAACAAAGAAGGCUUAAUUUGACCUUUAAGUGUUGUUAUUUUUACGGUAAAGGGGUAGAGAAGAUGAGGAUGAGAGAAGGACACAAUACAGAAAUGGAGACCACUACUCCAAAAGACAUAGGUAUUGAAUAUAAUUUAAGUGUUGUGACAAUAGAUUAGUGAAGUCCUCUAUAAUUUUCAGUGGAGUAGGGUUGGGUUUGAGCAACAAAAUAACAGUUUUGUAGGAAUGGUACUUGUAUGGGGCAGUGUUAAUUUUUGUAUAACGUAAUAAUUACAAGUCUUUAGUGGAUAAUUUCUUCUUUUACUUUCCAGAUCUCCAGACAGAAAAAGACCUCAACAAAGAUCACGGUCGAGAUCACCAUUGACAAGGAGAGAAGGGGAAAGGAGGGAAUUACAAAGACAAAGACAUAACUCCUCACAUUCACCCCUCAGGAGAGAACAACACGGAUGUGACUCCUUGCAUUCACCUCCCAGGAGAGUACAACACAGACGCGACUCCUCGCAUUCACCUCCCAGGAGAGAACAACACAGACAUGACUCCUCGCAUUCACCUCGCAGGAGGGAACAACAUAGACAUGACUCUUCGCAUUCACCUCCCAGGAAAGAACGACACAGACGCGACUCCUCGCAUUCACCUCCCAGGAGAAAACAACACAGACAUGACUCUUCGCAUUCACCUCCCAGGAGAGAACAACACAGACAUGACUCUUCGCGUUCACCGCCCAGGAGAGAGCGACACAGAUGUGACUCCUCGCAUUCACCUCCCAGAAGAGAACAACAUAGACAUGACUCUUCGCAUUCACCUCCUAAGGACAAAAGGCAUAGAUCUCGGUCACACUCAUGCACACCCCCAAGGAAAGUACAAAAGUCUCCUUCUCCUGACAGAAGUAAAGCAUCACAAAGUAGAGGAUCAGCAGUUAAAAAGUAAGAUUAAAGUUAUUGCCUAAAACUUUCAUAUAAAAACCCUCUCACUUCCUUGGUGACCAUAAUUAAAACUAGAGUUGAACCUCCAUUAAGCGACCCCCUAUUAACCCUUUAAGCCCCAAGAUCCACAUGCAAAUUCUCCAUACUAAUCUCCAUACAUUUCUUUUAAGAAUAGUUGAGAGCAUUUGGUUUAAGAUCAAAGCAUUCUCUCUUCGGUAAUCUCAUAACCUUUACUCUUGAUGAUCUGCUGAUGUUGUUGAGAGAAAGUUGGUAGCUGCCUCCCUCUAUUAAGCGGUCACUAAUCAAAGCCCCGAAAUAAUUGUAGGAAUGAAUGGGAAAUUAUACCAUUACAGCCACCUCCAUUAAGCGUCUGAGGCCACCUUUUGGCCGUUCCAACGAGAGUUCUCCCAUUGUUGUCACCUCUAUUAAGCAGCCAUCAAGCACUUGAUACACUUAGUUUUGCUUCAUUUUAAGAAUAGUGGUAUGUCAAUGGUAAAAGGAAAAAGCAGUCUGAGGUAGAAGGUAACGACUGAUUGUGGACGAGUAAUGCUGCUCCCGUUGCGUGUUUGUUUCAAAGUGAAGUGAUGUUUCUGCUAAAGAUUAUGCUAAUUUAUGACAAACCUCGCUUGAGCAGCCACUUGCCAGUACCCGGAGGGUGGCCGCUUAAUUCAGGUUCAACUGAACUGUAUAGAAAAAUUCCAAAUGUCACGUUGUAAAAUUUGGGAAACAAAUACCACUCUGCAGUAGAACUGCCAAAGGGUGUUCAUACUGAUGAUCAGACACAUCAUAGGGUUUUGUUCAGAGACUCACCUGUCACUCGUAUCAACAUACAUGUAACUGUCUACUUUGCUGACCAAUAAUUAAUCUGAUACAACAGAGUAAUGGAUGCUGCUGAGAAAGAGAAACGUCUUGCUGCAAUGAUGGAGAAUGCCAAGUAAGUUGUUUGACUCUCUUGAUUAAAAAAUAAAUUUAUUUAUCUGCCCAGCUGCAAAGUAAUAAAAUCAAUAAGUAAAUAACAAUUUGCAGGUAACACAUCCACAUAGUGUUUCUUCGUCUACCUGAUUACUGGUUGAAUUGGAUUUGGAAAUGUUGGUUUUUGAGGAGAGGGGAAAACCGGAGUACCCAGAGAAAAACCUCUUGGAGUAAAGGAGAGAACCAACAACAAACUCAACCCACAUAUGGCGUCGAUGCCGGGAGUUGAACCCGGACCACAUUGGUGGGAGACCAGUUCUCUCACCACUGUGCCACACUUGCUCCCCGAAGUAAUUAGUCUGUUAUAAAACAACUAUCUAGUUGUACCCAUCUCUGUGGACAUUUUAUGUAGAAUAAGAAAUGGUUGCACUUAACUUUGCCUCAAAUAAAAUUCCUUGAAGAUGGCUCUAUUUUUCCCUAUGGAGUAGAUUUUACAGCAGAACUUGCCCUGCAUUUUCCUAUUUUAUUUGAAGGCUUAGUUUUAGGAUAACUUGAAGGUGUGGAAUUGAAUUUUUUUAUUGGCUACUUUGACGUAAUCGUCUUAGCUUUAAUCUUUUAAUCUUUCUUUCCUACACUGUAGGUGGCGAGACGAUCAGAGAGGAAGAAAUAUUAAAAGAUACAAGGUAAGGGAAGUCUCUUCUUCGUAUAAUCGUUAAUGACAAUAAAAACCUCAGCAAAACAUAUGUUUGUUUAUGGAUGAAGAUUUGCCUGUAAUAUGCUCAACUAAGCCCAAAUGAGUAAAGGCGAUUUCCAUUUGUCAGAACUGUGCUGUCAAACUAUUUCCGUCCUAAUGAGAAUUUCACUUUAAAUCAUAACUGUCGGUAUCCAGUCAGAUCAAUCAAAUCUUAAAUAUUAUGCCUAAAGGAAAUAGUUUUCCAGCGAAAACUCUUGGAAAAAGCCGAUUUCAUUGUCAAAAUGACUGGUCCGGCCAUGGUCUGGCCAGCCAAUUCUGACUUUCGGAAAGCAACCUAAGUAACAAAUGUAUUGGUUAUUAAACUAUCUAUCUCUCAUCUCUAACUUAGGGAAACGACAGGAAGUUUCUUUAAACAUGAACAAUUUAUUGGCACAGAUUAGGUGAAUAUGAGUAAAAAGUAUUCAUACGCCAUAUUCUACAAGUUCACUGCCAUAACUGGGUAGAAUAGUAGCAUAACAAACUGCCGUAACAUUCUUAUGAAAUCGAAAGCCACUCAGAUUAUUAAAAAAGCGUUUUUACUAACGUAUUUCAGGAAGAGGAUGCCAGGUUAGAAGCCAAAGAAUCCAUGGAGAAAGAUAAAAGUGCAACGUUCUUAAAGUAAGUUCUAAUAUACUCCCUACAAAUGCCGGUUGAAAACCAACAUGAAAAGCAGUGACUCUACUGUUACCCAAACACCGAUAACAAGAGAGAAGAAAACGGGUCUCAGCUUUCGAGGGGUCAACCCGCAGCCUCGAGGUGUUUGGAUAUCGGGAUUGGGUAUAAGGUCAUUUCGCGCGAAGGUCGUUUCGCCCGAGAACAGUUCGUUUGCUCGAUGUGUAUUUGCCGUUUUUUAAGCCAGAAAUAAGAAACAAGCAUAAAGACAGGGAAUGCACAUGUGAAAUCCUAGCUUAACUAAAAUAAAGUCUCUGAUAAGGAUUUUUACCGUGUCCUAGAGUGUUGUAUUUCAUCGGGCGAAUUGACUUAAGUCCGGGCGAAACGACCACAUUUCUGUUGGGUGUCACAUGAACACUCCUUUACGUGAAUCACUUGCUACAAAGACGACAAAUAUUUGUCCGCCAACUUCAACCGGGACUUGAAUUUUUAUGGUCUCGCUGAGGAGUUGCGUUAGUGCAAGAGGGAAAAUUGUGGUCGGUAACUAAAGAGAUUUUCUCUAUUACUUUACCAGUGACAUGAAAAUUCAGUCGUUUUCCUCAAAGACAACGUCUAGUGUCAGCGACCGCAUUCGUCGUAACAUCAACUCGGUCCAACGAACCGCGGUGGCUUUAGAGUCGUUUCUGGGAAAAUAACCUGCGAGACACAUCCUACUUAAAACCGAACAUCUGUCGAAAGUUUACAAAAGAGAGGGCUGGACUGUCGUUGAGAGUUAACGGGAUGUUCUGAAGAAUGAAUCGUACUCUACACUUUAGGAACACCCGAAUCUUUAACUAUUAAGAACCGAAGAAUUUCCUGAGAGUUCACCUUGCUUCGGUUACUUAAUGUGAAGUUGGAAAGGCAGCAAGAUCUCUUAUCACCCAACCCAACCAAGAUCCCAUUAAUGCCACUCCCGCGAUGCUCUAGCAGCAUCCCAGCUAUUUUCGUGGAAUUACGAAGAUGCUACGCAGGUCAACGAAGAUUACUUCGGGAACUGAUGGUGUUAGAAGAGUCAGCACCAUUCAUUAGCAACUAAACAGACUUCUUAUUGCAUUCACGCUAACUGCUAUGAGUCAGCGUUGUACUCUUCACAUCUACUUGUAACCAAAAUGGACUUUGCACAAGUGAUCCGAAAAUGUAGUAAGGGAUGAGUUUAUUGAGCUUCAACGUUGUAACCAAAGUCACUCCUCUUGGCUAGUCUCUCUCACUACGACGGAUGAGAUAGGAGAGAUCCUGGGUUUUAACUAGUUCGUUUGGGGCUCGGCGCAAAUGGUAAAGCUGAGGUUGUAAGAAAACUUAAGACAGAAUAGACAUGAGCAGUCACGUACAUUGUUUAUAGAACUGUUUAUUAUGCCACUGUAAAAAAAUAAUUUUAAGCAGUACAAUUUUGCCUUUCUUGGCACAAAAUUACUAAACGUUUUUAUGUAAAAUAUAUGUUCAAACACCUCGUGUUUUCUCUAAUUAUACUCUUUGCUCUAAACACUGUUUUAACAUGUAAGUUUAAAAUAUUCUAUUUUACUUCUAUUUUACUUCACC